AAUUAUGAUACAGGUUUGUUUUAUAUAUAUAGAAGGAUAGUGUUCGGUCUUUCACGCAACACUAGUGAGGGAAAAGGAAAGCAGCUACGAUGGCGACAAGGAGAAUCUCGUGCUUGCUCUCUCGCACCUUUUCUUCUUCUAUCUUUCCUCGAGGAAGGAAUUCUGUUUUCAGCAGAGGAACCUACAAUUACAGCACUGCGGUUUCUCUGGAGGAACCAAUUAAUCCAAAUGUCGACAUAAAGUUUACUCGACUCUUUAUAAAUGGACAGUUUGUUGAUGCAGCAUCAGGAAAAACCUUUCCUACUUUGGAUCCCCGAACAGGUGAUGUCAUUGCAAAUGUUGCUGAGGGUGAUGCAGAAGAUAUUAAUCGAGCAGUCUCUGCUGCUCGUAAGGCAUUUGAUGAAGGACCUUGGCCGAGGAUGACAGCUUAUGAAAGAUCAAAGAUAUUGCUCCGUUUUGCUGACUUGCUAGAAAAACAUAAUGAUGAGAUUGCAGCACUUGAGACAUGGGAUAAUGGAAAGCCUUACGAGCAGUCUGCAAAAGUUGAAAUACCGAUGCUCACACGCUUGUUCCGAUACUAUGCUGGUUGGGCGGAUAAGAUCCAUGGUCUAACUGCUCCUGCUGACGGUCCGUAUCAUGUGCAAACUCUUCAUGAACCGAUUGGUGUUGCUGGUCAAAUUAUUCCUUGGAAUUUUCCACUUCUCAUGUUUGCCUGGAAGGUUGGGCCGGCAUUAGCAUGUGGAAAUACCAUUGUUCUUAAGACAGCUGAGCAGACUCCCUUGUCUGCUCUUUAUGUUUCAAGUCUUUUCCAUGAGGCUGGACUACCCGCUGGCGUUUUAAAUGUGGUUUCCGGUUUUGGUCCAACUGCUGGUGCAGCACUUGCCAGUCAUAUGAAAGUGGAUAAGCUUGCUUUCACUGGAUCAACUGAAACUGGAAAAGCUGUUCUCCAAUUGGCUGCAAAAAGCAAUCUUAAGCCAGUAACCUUGGAGCUUGGAGGAAAAUCUCCUUUUAUUAUAUGUGAGGAUGCAGAUGUAGAUAAGGCAGUUGAAAUGGCACACUUUGCUCUAUUUUUUAAUCAGGGCCAAUGUUGUUGUGCUGGCUCUCGCACUUUUGUACAUGAGCGUAUUUACGAUGAGUUUGUUGAGAAAGCAAAAGCACGGGCGGCAAAACGUAUAGUAGGGGACCCAUUUAAGAACGGCGUUGAGCAAGGUCCACAGGUUGAUUGUGAUCAAUUCAAGAAGAUCCUAAAUUAUAUAAGAUCAGGUAUUGAAAGUGGAGCAACUCUUGAAACUGGAGGCGAGCGACUUGGUAAUAAGGGUUACUACAUUCAGCCCACUGUUUUCUCCGAUGUUAAGGAUGACAUGCUGAUAGCAAAAGAUGAGAUAUUUGGUCCUGUUCAGAGCAUAUUGAAAUUCAAGGACCUCAAUGAAGUUAUUCAACGAGCAAAUGACACUCGCUAUGGGUUGGCUGCUGGGAUAUUUACACAGAAUCUAGACACUGCUAACACAUUGACACGUGUCUUGCGAGCUGGAUCAGUGUGGAUAAAUUGCUUUGAUGUCUUUGAUGCUGCUAUUCCUUUUGGUGGAUACAAGAUGAGUGGACAUGGAAGAGAAAAGGGUAUCUACAGUCUUUCCAAUUACUUGCAAGUGAAGGCUGUUAUUACUGCCUUGAAGAAUCCAACAUGGCUCUAAACUGCCUACUUUUUAUUUUCACUCUUCUUAUUAAUCAAAGACACACCGAUUUCAUAAAAUUGAGGUGUGAACAGAUAAUUAUGAAUGUGAUAAAGGAGGGGAUGAUGACGAUGAUCAUAGAAACAUUUCCAACUUUAAAAUCGAAUAAGAUAAAUUAUGUAUCUACUUUUUUUAAA